UUUGUUGUACCUCAUCAAAUGAACUUCAGAAACCUGAAUAUGGAUUGAAUCGCAUCAGCGGAACUGCUCUGUAACUCCUCAAUGAUUGAAACUCCAAUUUAUUUUUAUGCGCGUUCUUGUGUUUGUCGAUGAAAUUUAUUGCUUACAUCCAGGAUAACAGGGGAUGACAUGAAUCCCUACCUCUUACUUCUUUCAACUCUUUCAAUUUAAAUUUGAAACCCUUUGCGUAUUUUGAAGGAGGCGGGAAGAAGGAACAUAAAAGGAGAAGAAAAAGAGCUUGGAAAGGUCACCGGGAAGAGAUGAAGCCUGCAAUGUGGUACAUCUCCGGCUUCCUGGUGGUAGUCCUCUACCUGUACCUCUCGGCCAUCCAGUACGUGCGCGGCAUCCAGGUGGAUUUCAGCUACCAUAACUACGAGCACAUGACCAAGCUGCUGCAGGACAUCAGCAGGGAGCACCCGGACUUCGCGCUGCUCUAUUCCAUAGGAAGGUCCGUGCAAGGAAGAGAGCUUUGGGUAAUGGUAGUAUCAAGAUAUCCAAAUGAAGAACCUAUCCUGAAACCAAAUGUUAAAUAUGUAGCAAAUAUGCAUGGAAAUGAAGCAGUAGGUAGAGAAUUGAUGCUUCACCUCAUCACGUAUCUGAUCAACAACUACUACACAGACAAUUACGUGCGGUGGUUGCUGGACACCACGCGCAUCCAUAUCAUGCCAUCCAUGAAUCCGGAUGGGUUCGAGUCCGCCAUCGAAGGACAGUGUUCUGGGGGUCAGGGGAGGUACAACGCAAGGGGCUUUGAUUUAAAUCGCAAUUUUCCUGAUUUCUUUAAAACCAACAACAAGCAGCAGCAACCAGAAACAGAAGCAGUCAAAGAAUGGCUAGAAAAUGUGCAGUUUGUGCUUUCAGGAAAUAUCCACGGUGGUGCUCUUGUCGCCAGUUAUCCAUACGAUAACGAAGCCAAUAACAUGUUCACUACGUUCAGUUCACCUUCCCUAACGCCAGACGACGAUGUCUUCCGAUACCUAGCCUCAGUAUUUUCUUUCAACCAUGAGAACAUGCAUCUGGGAAUUCCGUGCAGAGACGGGACACCGGGGUUCGCUAACGGGACCACCAAUGGAGCGGCGUGGUACCCUCUCACAGGUGGAAUGCAGGAUUACAAUUAUGUGUACGGCGGCGUGAUGGAAGUGACCUUCGAGAUAUCCUGUUGCAAAUUCCCUCUCAAAACGGAACUAGAACGAUAUUGGCGGGAAAACAGAAAAGGCUUACUGCACUUUCUUGGAGAAGUGCAUAAAGGUGUGAAGGGAAUCGUGAAAGACUCGAGCAACAAUCCAAUACCCAAAGCUGCCCUAAAAAUAAGAGGACGUGAUAUGACGUUUUACUCCACGAAACGAGGAGAAUAUUGGAGGAUAUUAUUACCCGGUUCUUACAUCAUCGAAGCCAGAGCAGACGGGUACAAGCCAGCCGAAGAAGAAUUCAUCAUAACCUCUCAGGAAGUCACUAUCCAGAAUAUCACCAUGUACCCUACCAGAGUGGUAAGUGACCAAUCACACGUGUCUUCGGAAGGGCCUUGGGAAAAGCACUUGGACAUAGGUUUGGAUAUUGUACCUACAGCUGGCCCUAUGGGCAACGGAGAAGGCAGCACUUCUGAUACUCAACUGCUCUCUACCCAUGAAAAGUUCGAUGAUUCCCUGGAGAAAUCGUCUGUUAUAUCAGAAUCGGAAUACGAUGAAUACUUCUCUGGAAUGGGGAUCGCCAAAGAGCAGGAAAGGGCUGAUGGCAACCUGACUGAUUAUGACAUUCCACCAACUGCCGAUGCAGUGUCUGCAGCUGGCAGUUUGGUGCGCAAUUAUGGCUUCCACUAUGGAUUCAAUUAUUGCACCAUCAUUUUAGUGUUAGCGUUCAGUUGGAGAUUGCGACUUUAAUAACGAUACGACACAGAUAUGAAUGUAAAAUUUACUAGAGGGACAUUCAUGGGAAAUGUGCAAUAUAAAAAGGAGUAUUUUAAAGCACCAUUUCCGGAUUAAAUGCUCACUAAGGAAAAGUGAUACUAAUCUAGGAUACGAUCGUUUCAUUUAUACGAUGAUACGAUCGUGUUCAUUUAUCGUUUCUUUGAUAUAGUUUACACUACGAAUUUCUUUAUAAUUCAUUUGACAUUGCUAAGUCUAUUUCAUUAUAUUACCCAUCUCAUUUCAUUCUCCUCCCUUAUUCCCAAAGGUUUUAGUUAUUAUAGAAUCAAAUAUAAUUUUGAAUGAUUCUGUUGUCGCUGUACAUAAAUGAAUUGUUCUUCCAAUCAUCUAAGCUGAUUUGAUGGUGGUAAAAAUGGAAGGGCUUACAAGGGUUCAUUAAAUUCAUAUUCUUAUACUCAAUCUCGUUUCAGUAUAGAACUUUAACAUAUGUGAUCGAUGGUUUAUUCUGAGACACAUAGAGUAGUCGAAUUAAUUGCAGUUUGAAAAUAAUAUGAAAUAUUUUGCAUCAGUCGAAAUGCUUACUCAAGUACAAUUUUAACCAAAAGAUAUCAGAAAGAAGUGCCGCACAAUUUUUUUAGCAUUAAUUUUUGUUAAUAUAAUUGUUAGUUCUCUUAUUAUUUAAACUCGUGUUUUUGUGUUAUUUUUUGUAUGGGCUUUUAAUAUGAUUUCUAUUUUGUUGUAUAUGACCGUGGUAUGUGUUAAAUAAGUUUCAUUUUUAUUUCCUAUUUUCAAAACUCCUUACAACGUUUUUAGUUAUGAGGAAUUAACGAUUUUCAAAAUACAGUAGAGCUUCCAUAAUAUUUCAAUCCCAAGGGAAGAGUUAAAAGAUUUGAAUUAUCAAAUUUUCAAAAGAAAAAUAAUAUCAGUUGAAAUUUAAAGGGAAUGGACAAAUUUAAAAGAGACAUUCGACUUGCAGAAGCUAUGAUUAUGGGAGCUUUAAUGUAUUUUAAAAUCGAAUUGCUCUUUAUAUCUAUCUUAUAUCUUAAUUCAAAAUGCAUCAUGAUUAAUAUAAUAAAAAAUAUACAUGAAUGAAAAAUAUCUCAAUUUACUGCUUAAAAAAUAAUUUAAUAUUUUCUUCUCCUUUUUUGUAGAACAAUCAAAUAAAGAAAUUAGUUAUAUAUAUAUUUUCUCGUUAUAAAUUUGAAAAGCAUAAAAUAAAUAAAAAUUUAUGUAAAUUUCGGAAACUAUUAUUAAUAAUUUAAAAUUAAAAUUAUAAGAGAAAAAAACCAAAUCAGAUUUUAUUUCUGAAUACAUCGUUAAAAUUAUUAUAAUUAAUAUAAUUUCCUUAUCCAAAUUAUAUGUGUACUUUUAAUCAUUGAGCCCAAAUAUUAAAUAUAAUUUAGGAGUAAAACUAAUUAAAAAUAAACUAAAUAAUUCAGAUGGUUAAUGUAAAAUUAAAUAAAAAAUAGGAUAAAAAAUGUGCAUAUUGUAAAAUAUUUGUAUAUAAAAUAACAACGCGAAAAGUAAAUGUGUAAGCUGUCCUGAAAUGUAUUUGGGACAUAAUGUAUUACAGGAGAUGUCGCAUCAACGACUUGUGCUUUUCUUCUCUUUUAAGUGUUAUUGCUUUACCUUUUUCGAGUUCCGUGCCUUUAUCAGAGUGACUGCCAAUCAAACAAUUUCCCGUGUUCAUUGGAGAUAGCAUGUACUUAAAUUAGGAUUUUCUCCUUUUGAAUAUCUUAUAAUAUAGCCUUCAGGUGCAUUAAAUCAGCAACAUUUUCUUGAUGGUCUUCUUCUUUUGUCUUCGAAUAGACUUUUAUAAGACAUAGAGAAUCAGAUGGCUACUAAUAUACGAAAAGAAAAUUUAUGUUCUGCAUUCAGUUGUAAAUUUAAUUGUAAUACAUAAUUUCUACACGAGUAAAAAUGUCCAGAAAUGGGCCAGAGGAGUUUAAAUGCAAAUUCAAAAAUUAUACAUAUAAUUCAUGAAAUGCAAAUUAUACGGCUAAGUAUUGCUUCUGGUAAUAAAUUUUCGGAUUGCAGCUUCAGUACAACAUCCGAAAUGAAGUAUUCUGUAACUCGAAAAUCUCACAUAUAUCGCAUGCCUUUGUCCAUUCCCAAUAAUUUCCAACUGCAUAUUUCGAAAAAACUUGAUAAUUCGAAAGUUCAACUCUUCCCUUGGGAUUCAAGUUCUGAAUGUUGUACUUUCAAAUCUUUUUCUUCAAAAAUAUAUAAAUAUCUGGUUUUAAAAACUAUUCAACCACUUUAUAUCGGUCAGUGAAACAAUUAAAUGUGAAAUCUUUAUUUGACUCCUUGAAGAAAAUGGAUUAAGUUUUUGAAUUAUUAUUUUUCUCAAGCCAAUAAAAAUAUUGGAAAAUCAGUUCACUACUACAUGCUUUAAUUAAAACCUUGUUCAAUCUUUGUAGGCUAAAAUAAAAUUUUGAGUAUGAGGAUAUGAUGAUGUUAGCUGUAUGUUGAGAUUAUGUGAGCAAAGCAGAUACUGAUAAAUACAAUUUAUCAUAUUGACAUCGAUUUUAAAUGAUAUAUGCGGACAUUUUUUAUUAAAGUAACUGGAUUUAUGAAACUAAAUCUAGUUCAAAAACAGUUAUCUGACAAAAGAGCUACUUUAUAAUAUUGGUGAAAGGCAUUGACUGAGAUAACACGCACGGAGACCUGAGUAGCUUAAUUUGACGCGUUGAAACAUUAGAUAAUUUAAUUUAUCAUGACUUAGAAUUCUUAUAUAUAUAAGCAAUAAAUAUUCAUUUGGCUACAAAAGAUAAAUAAAUGAGCAUUUAUGUAAGUGUAAACUGUUAUGGUGUUACUUCUGCUAAGGAGAUACUAGUAUAAAUAUGAUUUGUAAAAGCUGUAUUCAUCGUUCCAAAUUUAUACAAUGUUCAUAUGUGGAACAAUUUUGAGUUGCAUUUUAGUCACUAAAAUGAAAACAGUAUAGACACAGUAUAGACGUUUGAAAAUAUUUCAUUUCAAACAACGAAUGUAGCAUUAAAUAUGUUUUGCUUACUGUAUAUAUUUUAAUAAAUGUUAAUUUCUUCCUAUUUUUUUUAAAAAAAUUAAAUAUUAUUUAGGUAAAUAUGUUUGAUUGGCCAGUCACUCAAAUCCCAUGUAUGUUCUAGAAGCAGUAAAUACCUACACAUCCAUUGUAUACAAUUGUAGAAAUGACUUCGAAGUUCACGAAGAGAGAGACAAAAUAUUCUUCAUGAAAUUAGUUAAUAAAGAAAAGUAUUUUAAAUCUGAUUUCGAAGAUAUAAUGAUAGAUUACCCAAUAAUUAGUGUAAAUACUACCCACGUCUUACGUUAACGGAACUAAAUAAACUGAUGAUGUCAAUUUAGGAAACUAAAACUGAAAGAAUAUGAAUUGACUUCAAAUGGUUAAAGAAAAAAAAUAUUUUCUAGAAUUCUAAACUAAAUUUUAAAACAUUUAAUUUCAUGUGAUGUUCAUUGGGAAUUAAAAUUUACAUGAAACGAUAUAUAAACCUUAUAUAUCGUUGCUUUUAUAGUGUUUAUCGUUAUUUAUAACCUUGUUUGAUAAAACGAUUUAUAAAACCUAAAUGGCUAUGAUUUUUCUUUUGGAAUAUGACUGAAAAUGGUAUACCUGAGUAUUCACUUCAGUUCAGUUUCUUAUGUACACACAAAUUAAUUUAAACUUUCCAUAACCUCAUGCUAUUAUUGAUAGUAUUUUAUUUAUAUAUGUCUAUGUUAAAUGUUUUCUUAAAUUCAUGUUUUUUUUAAUUUGUAUUACGUUUUAAUUUUGUUAAUUAGAAUAUAUUAAGACUCGCAAGGAACAGUUUUUUUUUGUUUCGUUAAAAACCUCAAAUCCCAAUUUAUUUUAAUAUUAAAAGAAGCAAAUAUAUUAAUAACAACUAAUUGCGAAUUUUAUUACUCAUGGUAUCAAUCAUUAAUUGAAAUAACCGAUAAGCCUAAUGGGACACUUAAGAAUAGUUUAGAACUUAAUCGAAACAAAUAUUCCCUUACUGAUGUUUCACGUGAGGAAACUAUUCGUAUCAAGUGCCAUAUCCCAUACUAACAUUCCGAACUCAAUUUUCUCCAAUAUUAUGUGCGUUAGAUCCAUCUAGCCGCUGACAGCAAAAUUCCCACUCAUUAUUUCCUACACUCUCAUUAUUUCUCUCUAUGGUGGAAGCUUCUCGUAGUUCUACACCAGAUUCCUUCUAACCUGAUGAAGGCCAUACUAAAAAUAGUUUUUAGGAUACUUCUGUCAUUUUGCCGAAACUCUUUGUAACAUACUGUGCUUGGGUGAAAUCAUGUUUGCCCUCUCUUUCAAAAAACUUUUAACUUUCCUCGUCGAAUGGAAAAGUAAAAAUGUACUCUGGAGUGCAAUUCUCCUGUAAACAGUCUUCCAACUUGUCUUGUCUGAUUUACUAAUAAAACUGUUGAAUUUUUGCA